UACACUUGGCAACAGCGGGCCGCUCUGAGGUCAUGGUCACGGCGCGUCGAGUAAAAAGUUGCGGCGAGCGGCAGACUCUCUUAAAACUUACUCGCUCCUCGUGGUGGCCGGACGCCCGCCUCGCCUGCCCGCGCCUCCCAACACCUCCCCGAGAGCUGUGUGACAAACCGGGCCAUGUGUAGUGGACCCGCGGAGGAGGAUCAGUGUGCCGCAGGAUCCCCUUUGGCGCGGGAAUAAUACUGGAAGCCCCUCGGGGUGGCUCAGCAGGCCCGUUGUUUUGGUUCUGGGGCGAGAGUGAGUGAGUGACUGAGAGGCGGCGGACGUCUCUCCCUCUCUCGGUCUCUCCCCUUUUUUUUUCCUUCCUCACCGCCUCUUCCCUCGCCUUUUGCCAUGCCGCCCACACCCCGCUAAACCCACAUGGGUAUUCAGUCAAAGCCUUAAAAUGAGCUCAGUGAAAGCCGGGAACUGCUGACAAGACUGAGGAAAUUAAUCGUAAGGAAACAGAGACAUGGUGGUGGAUCUUGGCUCAUGAUUUGGUGGGGCAAGAUGUGGACAGCUUAAUACUUCAUCCAGUUUGUCUCCUUGCCUCUCCUCUCCUCCUCCUGGUGCCUUAGACACUGCAGCACCACCACCAUGAACCACGACAUGAAGGAGGAGCGCAUGUCGCCAACUCCCUUGGGGGGCAUGUGUCUCGAUGCCUCACACCUCCCGUCCUCUGAGGAGCCGAGAGACCUCAGCAUCAAACGCAAGCUGCGUCCUGUCCCUCCCCCUCUGGACCUGAGCAAGAGGAACCUGGAGCCUGAGGCCAUGAUACCAGAGUUUGCACCCAUCAACACUACCAGCCCUCGGUCCCCUCUCACCCAGAAGAGUUUGCCCCUCAGGAAAAGAGCACACAGCUGGUCCUUCCAGCUGGAGGUGCAUGGGCUCCAGCUGCCAGCCAACACCUCUCAGGGAGUGAUCCGGUGCACCGCAGAGAUCCGGGACCAGACAACAGGAGCUCCAUCCUCCUCUUCAUCCUCCUCUUCAUCUUCACUAAGGAUCCCAGGCCUGCCCACCCCCCACACCCCUCACACCCCACACCCCCACUCAGCUAUCCCCGUCAUCACCAGUCGAUUCUCCUUCAGUGAAGGAAACUCUGGUGAUGGAAACCCUGGGGCAACAUCCAUGGCCCAAGGAGACCUCUCUGGUUCUCAGGGUCCCUUAAACCUCUCUACUGCAGCUGUGAGUGGGCUGCCCUCAUCACUACUCUCCCCUGCCCCCUCCCAUCCCUCGACCUCCUCCCUCAACUCAUCACGGGAGGAGCUGGAAAAUGAGGUGACAAUGGCUGAGUGCCAUGCCUACUCCCAUGCUCCUUCCCCCCACAUGCCUUCCCCACACAUGCCCUCUCCACACCACAUGUCUCCACAUCCCCACCCCACCAUGGGACCUCAGGGACUAGGUGGGCAUGGGUUGGCUGACAGGCUAGGGCCAGGAUCUUCUCCAUGCCCUACCUCCAUGUCCCCUCAGCCUAACUCAGGGCACCAGUGGCCCACCAAUGUGUGGUCGGUGUUCAUGUCUGGGGUGCGGGUCCACUUUGUGCUGGGUGGAGGGGGCCAGGUGACCGGGGCCAAGAUGAGUGAAGAGCUUGGCCAGCUGGAGCGCACCCACCAGCAGCGCUAUGCUCCACAUGGCCUCCACCUGAUGCGUAUCCUCCAUGAAGGGCCAACCCCCCACAUGGCUGCCCCAUCCUACUGCCAGCUAUACUUUCGUCCUGUGGUGGUGCAGCAGGAGGACAUCAUGGUGGUGACUCCCCCAGACCACCCAUUUUAUGUCCAUGGAAAAGGUUGGUGCAGUGUGUUCCCUGAGAGGACUACAGAGCGCUACAGUCUCCCCUGCCAGCAGCUCCAGGAGGGGGAUGUGUGUUUACCCCCCUACCACCCUGAGACUACCCAGACCCCCAUCCCUGUUGUCACCCCAGACCUCACCGAUGCCAUGAAGAGGUUUGACUUUAAUGAUGACCCACUUGAAGGGGGCGCUGGAGCAUACUCUGCACCACCCAGUGCAACCUUCCCUCCCCACACACACCGCACAGUCUUCCUUUCCCCGCCAGCCUCCCCCUCCAAAAAGAACAGGGAGGGGGCUCGGGUUGGGGGACCUCCCACUGGUGGACCACCUCCUGGGUCCAUGGAGGGGGCGGGGGUGAGGGCUCGGCGACCCAUGAAUGGUUUUAUGCUGUUUGCCAAGCACCAUCGCUUGAAGCUCAUCCAGCAAUACCCCGGCAAAGACAACAGGGCUAUUUCAGUGCUCCUGGGUGUGAUGUGGAAGUCUCUGGCAGAGGAAGACCGAGAGACCUUUAAUGCUGAGGCUCGGGCUCAGGCAGAGGAGAGGAAAAAGAUUGAUCCCGACUGUUGGAAGAGGAAACGCUCCCACUCCACCAGCUAAGGAACCACAUUUCUAGGGACUACUAUAUAUUUUUUUUUAUGUAUGAAUGAUUCUUUGAUACAGUUUCCCUCUGAGCAAAGAAAUCACCAGUGCUGCAAGUUAUUGUUAUUUAUCGUUUGCUCGUCCAAAGGUGAAUAAGUGCCAGUCAAAAUUGAUUAUUGCACAUUGUGUUACUGAGCGUGUCCUCCUUACAAAGCCUACAGUUUUGCGUUACACAUUCUUUAUUGUUACACUUUUAUUGAUUUUGUCUUGUGCACCUGUGUCCCAUCUGGACAAGGGAGUUGCCAGUUUUAAGUUCUGUGAUUUUCUCCUUAAUUUUAUCAAUCAGAUUUUUUAUUCAUGUGUUACGCAGAUUUUGCAGAACUACCCUCAAAUAACUCUGCUCACCUGUCUCCUUAAAGUCCCACCCUCAACCUCAACCUGCAAUGACUAUUUUCCCUAUGGGUAUAUUAGGAAAGCCUCAAGCAUGCUGACACUCAUUCCUCCGGUGAAAGAAAUAUCAUGACUUCCCUCCAAGCCUUUCUAGCGUGUCAGGCCGGGAAGCACCACCCAUGAUUCACGGACUUAUUGUGAGUCUGCUGAGGUCUCAUUAGCCUCCUCUUUCUACUCUUCCACUUAUCUUGCGUUUUAAUGUAUAUUUUUUUCUCAUUUUUAUAACACACUCCUGUUUAUGAUAGGUUGUGUUAUAGUUGCUGUGUCUUGCUGUUUCCAUUCUUUUGAUUUUCUCUCUCUCUCUCUCUCUCUCUCUCUCUCUCUCUCUCUCUCUCUCUCUCUCUCUCUCUCUCUCUCUCUCUCUCUCUCUCUCUCUCAUAGUGCUGUGCUACAGUCAGAAAGCAGCUUGCACUGUCAUUAUUUUGUUUUUUGGUUUGUUUUCCCUGUUGUAUUCUUACUACCAGUGAUACUGCAACUGAAAUAUCAAGGAACAAGUAUUAUCAUCAUAUUUAUAUCUUAGUUAAUAAGUUUUAAUACGUUCUUUUCUUUUCAAAUUUACCUUGUAAGCGUGUGUUCUGCUUCAGCUUUUUUAUUGUUAAUUUAUUUAGCCAACACUAAUUUUAUUAUUUAUCAUUAUUGUAGUUUUUAUUAUUGUCAUUAUUAUUCUCAUUAUUAUUAUGAUUAUCAUUGUUAUUGUUAUCACUACAACUCUCGUUAUGACUAUCGUUGAUAUCAUGAUUGAUCUCUGUAUUACAAUGUCCAGGGGUGAAAUGCAGUCUUUACUAACUUAUUCUACUUAUGAUUCUGCUGUGCUCUUUCCAAUGCCAUUUGUUGAUUUGAUUUCAAAUGCAGUAUUUUUAUAUAACUUAGUUGGGAGAGUACUCUGAGGACUUAGCUGGGUGUGACAUUUUUACCCUCUCUGCUGCUCAGCUAACACCAUUAUUUCCUCCUACGUUACCCCUUGUUCCCAUCCCCCAAGGUGCCGUCCACAGUAUUACUUUCUCGGUAUUGAGGGAAUCAAGAUUGUGUUCACCUGGAGCUCAGCAAACAUACAUUUGGGCAUCAUUCUAGGUCAGCGCAGGCCUGGUUAAUGCAGAAAAGAAACUAAGAAAACUAGAAAUCAGAAAAUGUACUUGUUCUUUGUAUACGCUCGAUACCUGCGUGUGCAUGUCUGUAUGUGUGUGUUGUGUGUGUACGUGUGCCUCUUGAACCAAUGCUCGGCUUGAAUUUGUGUUUCAUAAUUCCAUUCCUCUCCUCUUUGUAUAAUUUUUUCCUUUAUUUUUCAUCUCAAAUCAAUUGCGGACGUCCCUCAGGCAUAUCAAGAAUUACUAAAUACAUUAGAACACAUGCCUUACUUGAAUGUGAUAUUAGGAGAGUUGAGAUCUAUCAAGCACCCUGGCCAGUGACCUUCCUUGCUGGGCCUGUGAUGAUUAAGGUAUAUUUAUUAGCUGCCAGUGUGGCCUGAAGUUUCUCAUACUUAUUGGCUAUUUUCUGCAAUAUCAAUCCAAAUAGUUGGUAAUCGUAACCUAAGGUUAUUGUCAUAAGGUAACUUUUGUCUUGCUCCAGAGUUCUUUAAGGAUCACCUGGUUGACUACAUCUCUAAUUAGAACAAUUAAAGCCAUAUAAUAGAAGUAAUUUGAUAGUUUGUUAGUUAAUUUUAUAUUCUUGAGAAAUUUCUUUGUCUGGCAAAGACUACAUUUGUAAGAGGAAGCAUUGUCACCUAAUAUAGUGGACUUGAUUACUGUGAAGUGAUUCUUGGCCUCUUCAGUGUCUCCUCCUCUCCACACACACCCACAGUAGUCACAGCACAAGUCUCAUUUAAGCAAAAGCACAAAUAUUUUUCUCUUGGCAGUAUUGAAAAUCAUCUGUCAAUUAGCAGAAGAUGUUUCCUUGUUCUGUAACUGCCUGACUGCCCUUCACUCCUUACCAGCCAUAGUAAUUGACUUGCAUUCAUGUCCCUAAUUUCCAUAAGCAGAAAUUACUGAAGACAUAAAUGUACGAGCAGGUCACACAAACUGUAAUGUCCUCAUAAGUACUUUGUGAAAGGCAUUGGUUUUUGUGAUUCCUCUUACAAGUGUAGUAUCCUGAUUCAGACUCAGGGCUGUGGGGUCACUCUCCCACCCUGUCCUCUUGCGUCCCAAGUCUUUCAAGAGCACAAAUGAUGUGUAUAGAACAAAGUAUAAGUUUUGUUCAAAUUCUAAAUAUAACUAUUUUUCUACUCUUACCGCAAAUCUUCCCUGUUUUCCAAAACUAUGUUGGCCGUAAAUCUCUGUUAUGAAAGAGGUCUCUUCCUGAAGGCACGUGCUAUGUUACAUAUUGUAAUGUGAAUAGAAGUACAUAUGUUUUUUAUUGGAAGAAAAUUUAAAAAGUAUAGGCUAAGAUAUUUUAAAUUUGCUCAGAAAAUAGUAGUGUUCUAGACAAUACUAUUAAGCUUGACCUGACAAGCUGUAGCACAUGACUAUAUUAUCCUGCCAAGACUACGGUGAUCUCCGCCACACAGCUUGUGUCUUUCAACCCUGUCAGGAGGUUUUACCAAAUCAUCUCUCUUAUGGAUUAAAAGUUAACCUCAAGAGGCAUUUCCCCAGUUGUGUGUUUUGUUGAGAAGUAUACAAGUCAAAGUCUUGCUUCAUCACAAGAAUUGGUGAUGGUGUUCCUGCCAGCCAGCAUACUGAUAGAUGUAAGGCAUCAGUGUCUCCUCCUGUACACAGUGUACCACCACUAGUGGCCGGUGCCUCACCACAGUCUCUGCCCCUUCCUGCCCUGGCCACCCGUCAGGUUCUGGUCUGGUGCAGUAGAAGGCAUCUGUAGUUUAGUUCUUGUGAUCUCAUUAUAAAAGAUGUUUUGGUCCAGCCACAGCAGUGGUGUGGGUUAACUAUUUGUACUGUAUAUUAUUAUGGCAAACUGAAGUAGAGGCCCGUGUUUCUGUUAUGUGAAAUAAAAAUUACAAUUCAAUUUCAUAUAUAUAUAUAUAUAUAUAUAUAUAUAUAUAUAUAUAUAUAUAUAUAUAUAUAUAUAUAUAUAUAUUGUGUGUGUGUGUAAGAAAAUUCUUGAAGCAAUUACUGGUGUUUCAGCCUGUGUAUUGCCUCUCCCUCAUUUGUCAUUGCUAUAUUGUAUGCUUUAAAUGUUUAGUAUAAUGUAUGGAAAUUUUGUUAAUCUAUAACACAUUUUAUAAUGUGGUUAAAUUGAUUUCCAAUGUUGACAAUCACACAAUAUAGAGAUGACUUUAUUUUUAUCAUUGUGAUUAUCGUGUGAAUGUGGCCUGGGAUACAGGGAGAAAUGUGGUUUGUAAUUCAGACCCAAGCCUCCAUGGGUCUGCCCCACCCCUUACUGUCCCCAGACCAGGGGCUGCACAGUCCCAGUGUUCACAUAGUGACGGCAAAGAGCCAGGGCAGGGGCAGCCCACCCACCUGCCUGGCACCAGAGCUCCACACCUGCCUCCUGUUCAUAUAAAUGGACACUUGUUGCUGCUCAAUUUGGCCACAACUUUAGCUCCAGCUUCAGCCCAGCUCUAGUGUUGUGAUGUUGACGGGUAGUGUAUGGCAGGACAGGUUCUGCCCGGGGCCGCAUGCCGUCAAAAUAAGGGUCCGUCUGAUCUCACUACUCUAGGGUAAGAAUAAAGAUCUAAGUGAUAGCCAUUAUAUGCUGUUUUCAGUGUUACUUCUUAGUAUUACUGUUAGCACUCAGAAGUGCUUGUAUUAUGUAUGUGUUCUUUAUAAGCCUCAAGCCUCCUGUUGCAGCUGAUGAGCCAUUUUUAAUACUUUUCCACCAGAUGUAGUUAUGUAGAUUCUUUUUUUAGCUUUAACAAUAAUUUUUCAAGUGCAAGUAUAUGUAAGAAUUAUGUCGCUUUUUCCUGAGGCCUGUGACUUUUUAAAGAACAUCUACUCAGGCAAGCAUUGCUUGUGGUCUUUACCAAAUAUGCUGAAGAUAGAGUUGCUAGGAAUAGUGACUAACUGUAAAAAAAGAAACAUCUGCAUAUUGCAACUAACAACAAGUCUUUGUUUCACAGUUUGUGAAAAGGUUAAGAAUUUAUUACUUAAAACACUCAAAAUGUCUAGCAGUGUCUAUCAAGGUAUAUUGUGGAAUUGUUCACAGCAAUACCUGGCCACAUGAACUGUUUAUGUUGUCCCCUGCCGCCCAUAGCUAGGUGUUGGUGGUGGUGACUGUCUCCUGGAGGGGUGGGGUGUGGAGAGGGUGCAACACAAAGAACUGCAGCACACCCACAGUCUGAACCGUUUCUCCAGCCAUCUAAAAGUGCAAUGUUUAGUUUGUUUGUAUGUAUAUAAAAAAAAGAUUUAUGUAGAUUUGGCCCCCUACUUUAGCCAUCAAGCAAGGUAUACUGAGAAGUGCAUAAAUUUUUAAGAUAGGUUAGUACAUCCAGGGUGUUUUGUUUCAAGUGUAACAAAUUCUGUGAUUGGAAAGUGACCUGAGGUAAAUUUUAUGAAAGUUGCUGAGCAUUUUAGAAGUGCAGUAGCAAACACACUAUAUAUCAUUGGGCAAGCUUUUUGAAGAAGCCACUAUUUCACUGUCUUCCGAGGCUGGUUAGCACAGCCCACCUUUGUUGAAUGUUGCGGUUCCUAAGCACCACUGAGGUCCACAUGCAUACAGCUGCAUCCGUCAGGCUGAAGUGACUGAGGAGUGAAGGAGGGCGAUGUCACGCACAGCCAACACCGACAAUAUUAACGGUGCAUUCCCGUGUCUUGUCUGUACCGUGUUGGUCAUCAAGCUAAUAUCGGUCUUACUGUGUCGUCAGUUUGAUGCGAGGCCUCACUUGCUCUCCACUUACUGAGACCCAAGCCUUGAGGUGCCUGCCUGAAGGCUCAGCACAUGAUCUUUGUUAGAGUGUCAGUACAGUAUCUCUCAAAGUAGGCUAACAGCACCAGGAGUAUUAUUGUAAAUUUUUUGUUGUGUAUAGGUGUUGCAUGCAUGACAUUGUUUUGAAUGGUAUUAAUCUGGAAGAUAUUUUGUAUAAAGAAAAUACUCUACUAUAUGAUGUCUUUUUGUGUAAUGAAAUAAAGAAAACAAAUAAAUAA